UGAAACAUGGCCGGUAAGAGUAGAGGAUAUUCGUAGGUUACUAGUGUUUGAUCAUAGGUGUCUUCAAAACAUUGCUCGUAUAUCCUGCGACCACCAAGUAAGUAAUACAGUUGUUAGGAAACGGGUACUAGGUAAGGAUGGCAAAUCAAUUGAUGAAGUAGUGAAAUUUCAUCAGUUGAGAUGGCCGGGACACGUGUUACGUAUGCCCAACCAUCGAAUGCCCUGACGUGCGAUGGUUUCUGGUGUAGAAGUAGGUUGGAAGAAAGCUAGGGGCGGCCAGACCAAAACGUAGCACAAAUCCAUGAAAUCACUGACAAGUGGACUGAGCCAUGUUGGUAGGUGUAGACUACCUGGUAGAGACCCGCGGGACGAUAGCAACCGAUGGUUAGAGACCCUGGAAGACAUGGCUCGAAACCGUUUACAAUGUGUUAGCGGGAUAUAGACUGGAUUAAAGCAUGCUCAAUGCAUGAUUGCUUUGGUGCACGCUGAUUGGCUAAUUCUUAUCCAAUCAGCACUAGUCGAUAGUUGGAGAAUACUCUGGAAUCUUCUUAUGUAAAAACUAUAAAUAUACUGACAUUUUCUCUAUUGUGAUUCUGACUUGCUUCUUGCUUCCAUCUAACCUUGUUAUUUGGAAUAUAAUCUCCUUCCUGUUCAACCGUGUUCUGAUUUGGGGACUUGUCGAGUGAAUCGGUGUCCAAGAAUACUAAGCAAUAGGAAUAGCUGGGUCAUUACCGUAAGAGAGAGAGAGUUAUAACACAAUGACACAGGUGCAUCCACUCUUUGUGUUCUUCCAAAUUCUAAUCUCUUGAUUCCUCCUUGUUUUUUUUCCUCUUUCCAAAUUUAUUUCACUGGAUUAUACUCUUUAAAUAACAUCUCCAAACCCUAAUCUUUCCGAUUACUGCUUAUACUCUUACCACCUCCACCACUACGGGAUUUGAAUCGAUAACUGCAUCUCUGUGCAAAUGUGGUAUGGCAACUCGAACUGGUGUACGUACGUACGAAGUUCUACGUUGCUGGUGACUGACUGACUGACGUAUCUUCGAUGCCUAUUCUUUCCCAUUACCUCUGAUAUUAUUAUUACUCCUAUUAUCCUGGGAUUUAGCCCGACAACAUCUAUCUGUGCUAAUGGGGUAUGGGGACUUGGACCGAUGUACAUAAGUACACGUUCUGCGUUGUGACUGACUGCCUUUAGGUUUUUCAAAUUGCGAAAUUUCAUUUAGGAUUACACUUUGUCGUAAAUAGUUCAUUUUUAUAAUCUUUAUGACUAAAAUGUAUUUACAUUUAUUCUUCAUUCAACUAAUCGUCUCAAAGUUAAAUUUAUGUUAAGCUAAUAUUUCACGCAGUAGUUUUAUUAAAUGUUAGGUGAUAUAGCAAUAAAUAAUUAGAAUGAUACUAGUUCAUUCACUAUACUGUAUCGAUCAUACCGUGGUUGGGGAGAUCAUUUUUUAAUGAGUAGCAUUAUCUUUGCUAUUAUGGGCUUUUGUAUUCAAUUCCAUUCACCCUUAUUUCAAACAAAUUCCUAUUUUAGGAAGUGUAAAACUAGUAUGCCAGUUUCGUGUUGCAGAUGUCAGUCAAAGGGUUAUAUUAAACGCCCGAAAACCGUAUAUGUCUUUUGAAUUAUUUUUCAACUUGACUUAUAUAGAGUGAUAUUAUGUGUAAAGAAUGUUUUUCUUGGUGUUUCGAAGAAGAAAUACAUUGGACAAUUGUAAAUGCCAAGCUUAUUAGUCGUGGUGAUAAAAUUGCUAUUGGUGCCUCUGGUGGUAAAGGUAAACAUAAUCAUAGAUUUCCUUUUAUUAAUCGAUGAAGAAAUAGAGAUAUUUAAGCUAAAAAAAUUUCUCAGUUGAAAUCACGAGUUGAUCUAAACUAGGCCAACAUCAGAAACUUAAAAGCACUAGGCUGCCGUUUCGUCUUAUCAUGGGGCUCCUCACCGGUGCGCACCCACGAUCCCUCAUUCGUGACUCGAGCUCAGAACUUGCGGUUUUGCGCGUGAACGCCUAACUUAUGGAUAUUUUCGUUGGCCUAAGCUGUACGGUUGCAUUGUAUUUUUUAUUGUAUUGUUUACUAAAAAUAGUAGUAAUAUGUGGUAAAAUAGAAUGGUGUUGAAUAAAUUUUAAGAAAAUGAUUUAGCAUCUUUUUGUAAGUUCACGAAAAUCUCAUAUUGAUAGGAAGGUGUGCAAUGAUCCAACUGUUAAUAGAAAAUAUCAAGGUGAAGAUAAUUGUCUACUUGAUAAAUAUUAGGAAUAGAACAAUUGACUGUUGUAGUGAUAGCUGAUUAUUAGUUUCUAAAAAUAAUUAGGUGUAGAAAAAUAAAGCAAAGGAAGUCUAUAUAAAUGUAUAUAUUUUUGUAUUUUUAGAUUCUACCGUAUUAGCUUACAUACUAAACUUGUUAAAUAAAAGAUAUGAUUAUGGAGCGGAAUUGCUUCUUUUAUCUAUUGAUGAAGGUAUAAGUGGAUAUAGAGAUGACUCAUUAAUGACUGUUCAGCGAAAUCAGAUCCAAUAUGGACUUCCGUUAAAAAUUCUUUCUUAUCAGGAUUUGUACGGAUGGUCAAUGGAUGAUAUUGUGAAGCAUAUUGGGAAUAAACGAAAUUGUAGUUGAUGCACUAGUGUUUUUGUUUAUUGAAAAAAUUUGGUAGGUACUUACUGUGGGAUAUUUCGCCGCCAGGCUUUGGACAAAGGUGCACUACUUCUUGGAGCUAACAAAAUAUGUACUGGUCAUAACGCUGAUGAUAUUGCAGAGACAGUGUUAAUGAAUAUUUUCUCAUUUUCCCUUUUUUGCUUACAGUUCUACGAGGUGAUAUUGGUCGAUUAAAACGAUGUACAGCUAUAAUGACAGGUACAGAUGAUAUACUUCCUCGUUUUAAACCUUUUAAAUAUGCUUACGAAAAGGAGAUUGUCAUGUAUGCACAUAUGCAUAAAUUGGAUUAUUUUUCAACUGAAUGUAAAUACGCACCACAAGCUUAUCGAGGGCAUGUAAGAGCGUUUAUCAAGGAUUUGGAGAGAAUACGACCUAGGACUAUCAUAGGUGGGUUGCUUUCUGUUAGAGUGGAAUUCACCUUAUUUGAUUUAGAUAUUAUAGCAUCCGGUGAACGUAUGGCUAUUCGAAGUGAUGUAAAGAUGCCUCAGAAAAGUAUGUCUUCACUUUCAAAUAAAAACAUUGUACUCAUUCUAUUAGUGUAUGCAAAUCAAAUGCGUGUCAGCUUUUUAUCAUCAGUUCAGCACUAAUAUAACCUGUGCUACUCCUAUUUCGAUUGUCACAGCCUUGUAGUAUCUGUAAUCCGUCCAUAAUAAGUGUCACUCGUAGUUUACUAAACUAAACCAUACGCGGUUAUUGAGUUGCUAUUCAUUAUGUGUCUAAAAUACAUAUUUUAGAUACCAACUCUUGAGCUUCAGUAUGGGCGUUUAGUGUACAAGAUUUACUAUGACUAGAAAAAAACCCAACUAAUGUCACGCAAUCGGAUUAUUUAUAGUAUAGUGAAUUGGGUAUAGAUGAUUUGUUGCGUUGAUUCCAACAUUUAUAGUUAGUUAUGCGUUAUAUUUUUUUAACGAUUGCCAGUUUGAUCAGUUCUUAUCUAGUAUCUGUACUGACCAUAAUUAACAACAUCUUAAUAUGAAAUGACCUAUCGAAUAGUAUUAUGAAUAUUUUAUUACUUUUUAUCUAUUUC